UUUACAGGCACCUGAAGCUGGAGAAGUCAUUCACUGCUCUGCUGAGACCUUAGUCCAGUAAGAAGGGGUGUUCCAAACCCUGCUCUCAGCUUCUGUGAGAUUUUGCUCAAAAAGUGCACUCGAGGCCCUAAGAAUCUUGAGGUGAAAUUGCACUGAUUGCUGUCAAGUGUUCUGCAUUUGAUUUAAAGUUGUUCACAUCAUCCUUAGUGGAGGCUAUGGCUCACCUACAACGCUUUACUGGAGGACAGCUACACUGCAGGAAUGGGUCGGUCUAUCUGAAGAGGACUCUAUCCAAACAUUUGCAGUCUCCAAGCUCAUUCUCCUAAAGACUCUGGCAUUACAGCUGCACCCUUUUCACAAUGGCUGAGAAGGCUCCACCAGGAAUCAACAAAAAGUCUUCAAGGUCAACCCUUUCCCUCCCUCCAGAACCAGUGGAGAUCAUUAGGAGCAAAGCCUGCUCGCGGAGAGUUAAAAUAAAUGUCGGUGGGAUCAACCAUGAAGUGCUGUGGAGGACUUUGGACAGACUUCCGAGGACACGAUUAGGAAAGCUCAGAGACUGCAAUACUCAUGAAUCUCUGCUGGAAGUAUGUGAUGACUAUAAUCUAAAUGAAAAUGAGUAUUUUUUUGAUCGACACCCAGGGGCUUUCACUUCCAUUUUGAAUUUCUACAGGACAGGGAAACUACAUAUGAUGGAAGAAAUGUGUGCUCUUUCUUUUGGCCAGGAGCUUGAUUACUGGGGGAUUGAUGAGAUAUAUUUAGAGUCUUGCUGCCAGGCAAGAUACCAUCAAAAGAAAGAACAGAUGAAUGAGGAGCUGAGGAGAGAGGCAGAGACAAUGCGAGAGAGAGAAGGGGAAGAGUUUGACAAUACGUGCUGCCCAGAGAAGAGGAAGAAGCUCUGGGACUUGCUGGAGAAGCCCAACUCAUCUGUGGCAGCAAAGGUAGGAUAAAUAGUAUGUUUAAUGCACAGGAGGAGAAAAUUAUGUCAUCGCUUAUCUGGCAUGUGUGUUUCAUUAAAAUAUUUAGAGAAAAGAAGGAUCUAAACAUCUAUGUACCGUGAAGUAAAUACACCCAAAUCUGUUCUAAAACCUACUGAAAUCAGCAGAAGGAUUCCUGUUGACUUCAGUUGAUUUUAGGCAAAUGCUGCAUUUGCUGUAUGUAAACAGAAACAUCUGUGCAAUUGUUAAUGGACUUCACAUUAACUUUAAGAUAAAAAUGUGUCCAGAGAACAGUAAUUACUUCUUAGAAAUGCAUUUGGUUAUGAGAAACAUGUUCUAUUAAGCCCACAUUUAUCCGUGACAGUGUUGAUAUCUGUUUCAUUACAGGCAUUGUGUAGAUGUGAUACCCCUGACCCAAAAGGUGUGCUAGAUGUUCAGAUAAUCAAAGAGCAGCAUCAACAGCUGCUGUCAUGGUUUUGUAUUGGGCGAGGAUUGCAGUGUUUUCUUUUA